AUGGUAAAUGCAAGUUUCGCUAUUCCUGUGAGUGAGUUCGCAGAACUGAAAAUUGAUACCAAUUAUGACUCCUCAAAUCUGGAGCAGAAGACAAAAUUGCGCCACAUUGAACGGCACAAAUCUUGUGGGGUGAGUAAAGCAAUCUUAUCUGAUGGUUGUGGUGGUCAACCUUGCCAUCCGAACCAAACCCUUGAGGAAGACGCUGCUUGGGAAGCACUAAAGAAAUCCAUAGUUUACUUCAGAGGUAAACCAAUUGGGACUGUUGCUGCAAUAGACAAGUCUCAAGGAGAACUCAACUAUGACCAGGUUUUCAUGAGGGAUUUUGUUCCCAGUGCUUUGGCUUUCUUGAUGAAAGGAGAACCGUUGAUAGUGAAGAAUUUCCUGGUAGAGACUGCUCGCCUUCAAUCAAGAGAGAAGACGGUUGAUCUUUUUAAGCUUGGACAAGGUGUGAUGCCAGCGAGCUUCAAGGUGCAACAUUCCGACCCUACAAAGAAGACUGAAAUUCUGCUUGCUGAUUUUGGUGAAAUUGCUAUCGGAAGAGUUGCUCCUGUGGAUUCUGGCCUUUGGUGGAUUUUUCUUCUUAAUGCUUACACCAGUUAUACAGUGGACAAGUCUCUGGCUGACACCCCUGACUGCCAAAACGCCAUGUGCCUUAUUCUCAAGCUGUGGCUCUCUGAAGGGUUUGAUACAUCUCCGGCCUUACUUUGUGCUGAUGGAUGCUCCAUGAUUGACCGUAGAAUGGGUAUAUAUGGCUAUCCGAUUGAAAUCCAGGCUCUCUUUUUCAUGGCUCUGAGAUGCGCCUUAAUUUUGCUAAAAGGCUCUGGUAAUGACUUUGUGUCCCAAAUAUUAAAGAGGAUCAAAGCUUUGCGCUACCAUCUGCACAGUUACUAUUGGCUUGACUUCCAGAGACUCAAUGACAUAUAUCGCUACAAGACAGAAGAGUACUCAGAGACAGCUUUGAACAAGUUCAAUGUGAUACCCGAGUCAAUCCCUGACUGGAUAUUUGACUUCAUGCCUAGCCGUGGUGGUUACUUCAUUGGCAAUGUCAGUCCUGCUAGGAUGGACUUCCGCUGGUUCUGCUUGGGGAACUUCAUUGCGAUUCUGUCAUCAUUAGCAACUGGAGAACAAGCUGAAGCAAUACUGGAUCUCGUGGAGGGACGCUGGGAAGAACUUAUUGGACAGAUGCCCUUGAAGAUCUGUUACCCUGCAAUGGAAAACCAGGAAUGGCAGAUAGUCACUGGAUGUGACCCAAAGAACACCCGAUGGAGUUACCACAAUGGAGGAUCAUGGCCAGUGCUGCUGUGGCUCCUGGUAGCCGUGAGCGUGAAGCUGGGGCGCCCCCACAUCGGCCGCAAUGCCUUGGAGCUGAUGGAGCAGCGGCUGGCCAAGGACGACUUCCCCGAGUACUAUGAUGGGCGGGCGGGGCGGUACGUUGGGAAGCAGGCGCGCAAGUUCCAGACAUGGUCGGUCGCGGGCUACCUGGUGGCUAAGAUGCUCCUGGACGAUCCCACCAAGAUCGGCAUCGUCAGCCUGCCGGAAGAUGGCCAAAUCCGGGAGCCCGUCCUCAAGCGCAGCAACUCCUUUCCCUGAAGCAAAAGAUUAACACUGCAAGUAGAGUACAGGUUUUACUUCGUUCUGAUGGAGAGAUAGAGGAGGUACAUUACAUACGUCGCACGGUAGCUGCCAAGUUGGCGUGACAGGUUCAAACGCAUUUGCGUAGAUCGCUGUGUUUGGAGAGCAAGCAUUUUUUUGUUGUUGUCUCGUUGUCACUAAUUGCGGUAGAAAGAACUAUUGGUAGGAUCCAGGAAACGGUGAGGAUUUGCUUUGUGCAUGCACUGGUUCACCGGAUAUCUCUAUGGCCGGUGAAAGCAGGUUUUGGUGUAAGUAGCUCAGGUUUUUCGCGUGCACGGAUUUUGGGCGGACAUAGAUGUAGUUGUCCAGUGGUUUACUGGUGGAAUGAUGGAUGAUGCUGAGUGUUCUUGGAUGAUACAUGAUC